AUGGAUGAUUUACCUGCUCACAGGGAGCGAGGAGAAUAUUUCAACUUUUCCGGGAAUAACAAGUUGCCAACUAACUGGGUGAAAAAACAACCGCUACAAAUUCAGGUCGAGAAUACAAGCUUCACAUCCACAGCCAUCGAAACAUAUCAGCUAGAUGUUGAGUCUACUGCUCUUAUCCGCGCUGCGGAAGAUAUCCUUUCAUUAACACGUUCCAUGAAGGAAGCAUGGCUAUUCGGGAAAUUAGAUACCCUCGGGGAGAACGAGAGGGAUGUGCAGAGGAGGGAGGCGCUGGAGAGGGAUGCGCUGACCGUCAAGAAUGCCAUUGAAAAUGGCGUGGUAUCGACGAUGAAAUAG